AAAAGAGGGAAGUAAACACGUGUGUUGUGGUACCGAUUGUUCUGUUGGGUUAAAAAAGUUUCUUGGUUGUUUACUGUGACUCGUACACUCUUAUUUACUCAAAAAGACACAUCACAAGAUGGCAAAGUCGCUAAGGAGUAAGUGGCGAAGGAAAUGCAGAGCAGUCAAAAGGGUGAGGUACGGAGAGAAAGAAUUGGCCAGGCUUAAGAAAACAUUGGGAAUUGACGAGAAUGCGUCUAAAGAUGUGGAAAUGUCCGAUAUCCAAGAAAUCGCCACAGUUACAAAUGCUCAAGCCAUUAAGGAGAAUAAGAAUAAAAAAGUUGUACAAGGAAACAUGGAAGAUGAGGAAAUGGACGAUGGAACUGCAAAGGUUUACAGUAAAAAAACCAUGAAAGACCAGUACGGGAACUAUCCAGUUUGGAUAAACCGCAGGAAACUGAUGAAACACAAAAAAGGCAGAGCAAAGACAAAGAAAGGAACCAUACAGAGGGACAAGAAAGUUGCAAAGAAACAAAAAAAAAGGCGUACUAAGGGAAAAGAGAAAAUCGAGCAGGCGUAAUUUGUAGAUUGUAAAACGACUUUUUAUUAAUAAAA